AUGACGCUGAAUAAUUAUAUGCUGACAACUUUACUGCUAGAAUCACAUUUGAUUCUCUACGCCAAUCUCAUCUGUCGCAUACUCGCCCGAUAUUCCUAUUAUAACGGCGAGCCAUUAAUUGUUGAUGACAUGUUUGAUAAAGUUGAGCUAAAACUACGACUCUACGGUUCAAAAUCUGUUGUAAAGUAUCCUCGCUGUAGUCUCAGACGUCAAUCGACAUAUGCAGAUGCUGAGGAGGACCGCUCACAAGUUAUUGCAUUAGCAAGCGUUUGGAUCUUACUAUUUGUUUUUGGAUCUGCUGCUAUUCUUGUUCCUAUCAUUUACGCUAUCGGCCAAGCUCUUGAUGAUGCUAUCCACUCGAGAUAUUUCUUUCGCAGCGAUCAAUCUCCAUCUGACGCGCUUAUGAUGUUAAAUGUUGCUCUGUUCAUUGGACUAGGUUAUUUGGUUGGUUAUCCCGUUGCAUCUGCUUCUGUUGAAGCACUGACAGGCCUAUGGAGGAAUGACUUGGUUGCGUUAAAAGGCUCAUGUCCAAAUUGCGGCGAGGAGGUCUUUGCAUUUGUCAAAGCAGAGAAAUCAAACUUGCAUCCUCAUGACACAGAGUGUCAUGUAUGUGAGAGUUCCUUGGUGUUUCGCCCCAAAGUAGAGCGAUCUGUCUGUAAACCUGGGCGACGUUGGGUGUACGGUCGCAUUUACCUUGUUUCACGAGCCACUCCAAAAAAUCCGAGGAAAAUGUGAGGGCCAGUCAAUGAAAAUACGGCCGAAAGAUAUCACAAUGUACAGCAUCAUUCUUUUCUUUUUGACAAACUGUAUACAAAAAAGCUGUUCAGAUAUGAUCAGUUCUGAUUGUUGUACCAAGGAUUUGUGGAUUUAUUAAAUCUCUUGAAGGAAUUUUGCGUGCCCUUCAAUGCUAUGCUAAGCCGUAGAAAACA